ACUUACAUAUGUACAUACUCACGUGUGUUUUUAACGUCAUUGACGUUUAAUAACAUUUUCAACAAAAUAUGUAACUUUUAUCAUGAUUAAAAAUUGUUUAAUGCUGCAAUAAAAUUCGGCUUACAUACAAAAUUUAAUUUAAAUUACAGUCCUAUGAAGCAUAAUUUAUAAAUAUUAUUGGCUGUAAAAUUGUCUAGUAUUGGGUUAUUAAGAAUCAUGUUAAAGUUUAAUGGGUUUUAUGGAAAAUCAACUGAACAUUUACCCAGUAUUCCAUAUUCGAAGUUCAUGGUCGUAAAAAGAUAUAAACAUCAACAUAAUAUGAAGAACUGGUACAAAACAUUGGAGGUUUCGGAAGACUGUGAGGAUGAAACGCUAAGAUUGGCAUUUGUUUACCUAGCAAAACGGUUUCAUCCAGAUAGCGGUACAUCUGAAGCUAAUGCAAUUAAAUUUUCUGAGAUUGAAAAUGCUUAUAGACAAAUUCGUAAGGCGAGAGUGCAGCAGAAAGAAAAAGAAGCAACGUUACCUGAUGUUGAAGAAUUUGAUAUUAAACAUACAGCACCACAACAUCGACAUUAUUUAACAUAUAAUGUAGGAGUUGGAACAUACAGUAAAAGACAGAAACUAUAUACAGCAGAGAGAGCUCAAAAAGCAGUUGAUAAUGUCAUGGAGCAUAGGUUGAAAAAGUUGCAAGCCGAGGAACGUAAUACAUUAGUUGGACAAGAUAAACAACGUGCUAAAGACAUUAAAACACGUUUUGGUAUGGAUCGUUUGGUAGAAGAUUUAAUUCAAGAAGCAAUGAAUCAGGGUCAAUUUAACGAUCUACCAGGCAUGGGUAAACCUUUGAAAGAAAAUAUGAUUACCCGAAACCCAUAUGUUGAUUUUGUUACAUAUAAAUUGAACGAGGUACUAAUAGAAAACGGAUUUACUCCGGAAUGGAUACAAUUAUCUAAAGAAAUUCGAGAGGAAACAGAAUACUUACGAAAACGGUUAAAAGAAGCACGAAACGAAGUGGGUUCUCUUCCAUUGAGUCUUGAAGAUGAAGCAUCUUGGAAGAAUGUUAUAGAAGAUUUUAGGUCUACAACAAAACGUGUAAAUAAUAAAAUAGAUAAAUACAAUUUAUUAGUACCAAUACUUCAAAAACAAAUGUGUCAUAUUAAAUUAGAAAAUCUUGCAGAAGAAGCACUCUCUAUACCUCCAGAAAAAGUAAAUAGAAAACGUUUAAAUUACGAAAAUAUGAAUUCAUCUGUUAAUGAACAUGACAAAGGAAUAUUCGAAAUCAUAACUUCUAUUUUUAAUAAAAAGACUUCAUAAGAUAUAAAAUAUAGUUCUUUUACAUUCUGUAUAU